AGCAGGAGCGGGCUUGACUGCUGAGCCGCCUGCCACGCCGGCUCGGAGCAAGGUCUGUUGCCCAGCGCAGCCGCCCGCCCCACCAACUGUAGCCUCGCUCUCGAGGAGGCCUGCUGCCCAAGGGAUCAUCUCAAGAUGGGCUGCGGCAAGUCAGCGCCAGCGGCAGCGCCAGCGGCAGCGCCAGCGGCAGCGCCAGCGGCGGCAGCGCCGGCUCCAGCGGCACCAGCCCCUGCGGCCACGGGCAAGGGCAAGGGCAAGGGCAAAGGCAAGGGCAAGGGCUCUGCCAACAAGGGCAAGGUGGGUAAGUUCCAGAUCAUGCUGUCGGGCACGUGGACGGACUACUCCGCGGAGGAGGACGGCGUCUUGAAGAAGGCCUAUCUCGUUGGGCAGAAGAAUUGCAAGUGCCCAGGCGCGGGCAGGACUACGAGUACAGCUUCCAGCAGAUGAAGCAGACGAACCUGGGCACCAAGAAAGUCCCGGGUUUCGCAGUCAUCUAUCCAUGUGUGGGUGCAUCCUACAAACUUGGAGUGGUACAAAAAAUGUCUCCGGC